UUUGCAAUGCACUGCUCAAAGUAGAUGCAGACGCAUAAAUCGGACGCUUAGUAGAGACGCUAGAACGCGUUAGAAUGAUCUGGUACACAAGUUAGCCUGAUAUUUCUCAUGUAGCUUUUGUAGGAAACUUCAAGCACGGGGGACUAUAAUGGCAGAAAAGGUGUCCAAUGCAGCCCGAGUCCAGAGACAGGAUACCGGAGUGGUGACAAGUUCAACGAAAAAACCACUUCUGAAUUUAUUUCCGCAACGGUCCGACUGUAAAUAUACACCCAGCUACUGUGAAGAAAAUGUGUGGCAUUUAUGUCAUGCUGUAAGUAAUCACCAUCCUAAGGAACUCCAGCACUGUUAUGUAGUAUUUGUGUCGAACGACCACCGUACUGUCCCAUUAUGGAGGCAGAAAGCCGGGCAUGAAGAAGAAAAACUUGUCAUAUGGGAUUAUCAUGUACUCUUCCUGUACACUCCAGAUGACCGUUGUUUGGUAUAUGAUUUAGAUUCGGAGUUACCAUUUCCGACUUACUUCCACAAAUAUGUUACAGAAACAUUCCGCACAGAUCAUAUUCUCAAGCCUGACUACUUCAGGUAUUUUCGUGUUGUGCCAGCACCAGUAUUUUUGCAACACUUUGCAUCAGACAGAAGACACAUGAAACGUUUGGAUGGUGCUUGGUUGAAGGCUCCACCUGACUAUCCCCCUAUCACAACUCCUUCUUGUUCUCACAAUCUUGAAGAAUUUAUUAAUAUGGAUCCAACAAAGGGUCAUGGAGAAGUCAUGAAUCUUACACAACUUGUUCGCAAGUUCUAUCAACAGACAUAGACUUAUGCUACAACCUCCAGAUUUGUAAUAAAUUCUGAAAGAUGA